CGUGCGAUGCAGACGACAUCUUGAGAGACGACCAAAACGUUUUUAUUUGUGGUAUUUGCAGCAGUUUAGCGAAACAGUUGGGGUAAAUGUAUCAGUCUCUCAUUACUUUCCAAUUGACUGUGUCCUCUGCUUGAUUUUUGUUGUUCGGUCCAUUCGGUCGGCAACAUGACAGUCGGCACACGCAGAAUGACUGCUGUGGCUUCGGCACUCCACAUGGCCAUUACUUUGUUGUGGCUGAGUGGUUUUGUCCAGUCACAAGUGUACCAGGACUGCCCUCAAACAGCGAACACUGGCGAGGAAGCGGACCGAGCCGCAGUCCUGGCCACCAGCACUCGGUUCUUGCGAAACCUUGAACAAUUCCAGAACAAGCAAGCCGAGAUAGUGUUCGUACUGGACGGCUCGGGCAGCAUAGGAGCGGGUUACUUCGGCUGCGAAGUGCAGUUCGUCAGGCACUUCUCCAAGCUAUUUAGCGUGUCAGAAGAAAACUCCCGCAUUGCCGUUGUCACUUACUCCAACUGCGAGCAAAUCUACACGGAUGUUGACUACAUCACGAAUCCCGUGGGGAAGAAUAAAUGCACCUUUCUGGGCAAUGACCUGCCCGCAAAUGUAAUUUUCAGGUCCGGUGGUACGUGCACUGAUAAAGGCCUGGGACGUGCACAAGAAAUCCUUGCCCAGUCGCGGAGUUCAGCAGCAAGGAUUGUUUUCCUCUUGACCGACGGACAGUCGAAUGACGCUGCAGCUACACUCCUUGCUGCCCAAGCCUUGAAAGACAGAGGUAUCAAAAUCUUCACUGUCGGUCUAGGCACUGGCAUCAGUGAAGUCGAGUUGGAUGGGGUCGCCUCCACCCCAACAAAUGACUACAGGUACCUCCUUGAUCAACUGACUGAUGUCGAAAGCCUCGCUAAUAAAUUGAAAGGAGAUGAAAGGGACAUGAAGUCGUGGGAUCGCAAUGUAAGCCCCAACCUAUGUGACACGGUGUGCUCCCAGGGGCAUAGUUGCUGUGAUGCACGGGCUACCUGCUCGUGUGCAACACAAACCGGAAGCUAUGGAUGUGCCUGUCAACAGGGAUACAAAGGAGAUGGUAAAGUUGGAGAAUGCGACGCUUGCCCAAGAGGUACUUACAAAGAAGUUUAUGGCAACCAAGAUUGUACCUCGUGUCCGGAUUUAUCCACCACGCCAGGAGAGGGCAGUGUUUCACUGGAUGCCUGCGAGUGCCUGCCUGGUCAUGAAGGCACCCCUAAGAAGAACAGCUCUUGCACACCUAUAAAAUGUGACCAACUGACCUUUGGCGAGGCGUCUGGUGUCCAGGUCGUCCCGCCCAACUGCGGCAAUCACUUUGGUGUGGAGUGCGGACUGCAGUGUAAACAGAACUAUCGAGCUCAACAUGGUACGUCAGCAGAUGUCCAGUGUCUGGCCACAGGACUGUGGUCUGCGGAACCUCUCAGAUGCACACCUAUUGAAUGCGAGGAAUUACCACAGCCAAGCAACGGGCAACUGUCGUGUGACACAGCGGAAAGGAGCAUCGGAACGGUGUGUAACAUGGCAUGCAACGAGGGCUACGAGCUGAAAGGAAGCCUACAGACUCAAUGCGAGCUGAACGAUGCAGAGGAUGGUGGACAAUGGUCUAACACCAAUGGUAGAUGCAAUGCCAAGAAAUGUCCCAUCCUGCUCAUAGGUACCAACAUGAAGAUUCUCCCAGAAACCUGUGAGAAUACGGCAAUGGUGUACAACUCGCUCUGUUCCUACGAGUGUGACGAGGGAUUCCAAGUGCAAGGAGUAAAACUCAGGACGUGUCAAGCAGAUGGGCAGUGGUCAGAGUCAACAGAGGAGAGUCAAUGUGUUGAUAUCGAGCCUCCAGUAUUCACCACUUGCCCUGAUGACAUUUCCCUCCCGACCGAUCCUCACCAGAGCUUUGCAACAAACCCUGAAAACUGGGAUGAACCUGAAGCACAAGACAAUGAUGGAGAGCCAGACAUAGAGGCCUCACUGUCUGCUACCCAGGAGAGGUUCCCCCUUGAUGAAGAAACAGACAUCACCUACACGGCGCGUGACAAGGCUGGACUUGAAAGCACUUGUACUUUCAGCAUUACAGUCAGAGAUGAAGAGUCGCCACAAGUUAUCGACUGUAGCGAUGACAUUGAAGAACAAAGCAGCACUCGUUUAUCCCCAGUCGUCUGGGAUGAACCAGUCUUUAAGGACAACUCUGGGGAGGACUUAAUGGUCAUCACCAACCGCCAAUCUGGAUCAAAUUUCUCCUGGGGUUUGCCUGAGGAAGUUUGGUAUAACGCAAAAGACAAGGCGGGGAACAAUGUGAGCUGUGAGUUCACGGUAUCAGUCAAACAGUACAAGUGCCCUUUCUACCCAUCACCACAAAACGGUGCUCUGGUCUGCGAAACUUGGUUAGGGGGCCAGUUCUGUCGGGUCGCUUGCAACGACAACUUUGACUUCAACCGAGACCCGGAGGAAUUGUACUUUUGCAAAACACCUCCUGGGGGUGAUACAGGAGAGUGGGGACCUACUCCUACUAACUUCAACCCAAUCAACUUCAGAAUGCCUUGGCCAGAAUGUUCAGAAAAGAGAGAUCCCAGUGUUCAGGUUGGACUCGAGCUCAAUUUUUUCACAGGAGAUUGCCAGGCAAACGAACUUGAAAUCAAAGAGGACUUCAUACAAAAGUUAAAAGAUUUGGUACUGUUACCGGGACUCUGCAUAGAGAGCAUGGGUUGUACCGUAGAGAAUGUUGAAGUGUCUUGCAGUCAGGCGGACCCACUGGCUGGACGUCGUCGUCGAAGACGGCAAUCCAACAAUGUCUUGUCCAUUAAGUUCACUGUCAAGGUUGAUGCACCAGAGCAAGCAGUGGAUCAGAUGCAGCCACAGAACAACAACCAGUCCUCAACCACUUCUGACAGCCUCAACUCACUUAGCGUUAUUGGCAACUUCAUGGAAGCCAUGGACACUAUCAUAUCGGGCGGGCAGUUGAACAUUACCGCCGGGGAUGGGGCUCCUCUCACACCAACCGGUCCGCUCAAUGUUGUACGCCCAGUGCAGUUCCUAUGUGAACUUGGUGAAGUUCUACGGAAUAACUCUUGCAUUAUUUGCCCAUCUGGAACCUUUCAUGACGUUGAGGGCGGUAUUUGUCGCGACUGCAGUGUGGGUUAUUAUCAAGACAUGAAGGGUCAGCUUGAAUGCCAGCAGUGUCCACUAGGGACUUCCACUCGACGUACCACCACCACAUCGCUUAAAGAUUGCAAAGAGCGAUGUACGAAGGGGACUUAUUCCACUUCUGGUCUGAAGACAUGCAAGGCUUGUCCAAAGGGUUCUUACCAGCCAUCUACAGGGUCAACCUCUUGCCAAGCAUGCCCUUACGGACUGACAACCUGGACGGAAGGCGCUGUACAUGCUGAUGAAUGCUCAGGUGAAUGCCCGUUUGGAACCUACUCGAGUACCGGCUUCUCACCGUGUAAACCCUGCCCCAUGGGUACCUAUCAACCCAGUUUCGCCCAGACGUUAUGUAUCGAGUGCCCAGAUGGGUUGUAUACACACGGUCAAGGUGCACACGAUAUGGCUUACUGUCAAGUUAUCAAUGAAUGCGAGGAUGACACUUCCAAUGAAGGGCUGUGUGGGCUCGAUGGCCUGUGCUUGGAUCUACCCAAGGGGUACCAGUGCAUCUGUAAGCUCGGUUUCACCGGGCCAGACUGCCAGACCAACAUCAACGACUGCGACCACGACCUGUGCCUGAAUAACGGGACAUGCGUUGAUCUGGUUGGGGAGUACAGGUGCGAUUGCGCAUCCGGGUUUGCGGGUAUACACUGCCAAGAAGAUGUUAAUGAAUGCGAAUCAGAUCCGUGUUUGAAUCGCGCUGUGUGUAUCGACGGCAAAAACACAUACAGCUGCGAAUGUGCACCAGGUUUUACAGGAGAGUCAUGUGAGGUGAACUUCUUCGACUGUGCAUCGGACCCUUGUUUGAAUGAUGGAACAUGCGUCGAUCUAGCCCAGAACUUCACAUGCUGUUGCCGCCCGGGCUAUAGAGGGCGUCUGUGCGAGACUCUUGUGGACCAUUGUGACUCGUCUCCGUGUAUGAAUAAUGCAACUUGCAGAGGAACUUUCAACUCCGUCAAUUGUACCUGCCAACAAGGUUUCACUGGAAACAAAUGUGAAGUAGACAUCAAUGAGUGUCUAACAGAACAGGUGAUGUGCCGUAAUGGCGGAACUUGUCAAGAUCUCAUCAAUGGUUUCAAGUGCAAAUGCUACCCUGGCUACUCUGGAACUUUCUGUGAAUCAGUGCUUCUAGGAGACUUUGAUCUCACCUUCCCGGGGGCCAGCACCUCAAACUACGUUAUGUUAAAGGGUACCAUGCCGAGGUUGUACGCCUUCACCGUCACAUUCUGGAUGCAGACCUCAGACAAGUCCAGCGCGGGUACGCCACUCUCGUACGCUGCGUACAACGCUGACGGCACGCUGCAGGACAAUGCUCUGACACUCAGUGACUACAACAGCCUCGCUAUUAUUCUCAACGGGAAGUUCAUUUACACAGAUGUGAAGCUGAACAGCGAUGCAAACUGGCAUCAUGUUGGUGUAACCUGGGCAGGAAUGGACGGCCAGUGGGCAGUCUACGUAGAUGGGGUGGUCAAACGAUCUGGCAGUGACUUCCAGACUGGGUCACACAUACGAGCCUCUGGGGCCUUGAUCCUGGGACAAGAACAAGACAGCUACGCUGGGUCUUUCGCUCAGACGCAGGCAUUUGUGGGCGGCUUAACUCAGUUGAAUAUUUGGGACUAUGCCAUGACUCAAGAGGAGAUUCAGCGUGUGUAUGCGUCAUGCACUGUGCCGGGUAACGUCUUGACUUGGUCUCAAGUAGCGUCUAACGUCCAUGGUGGAAUCUAUAUAUCACCAACCUCCAGUCUAUGCCAAGCCAAAACUAACUGUCUGUCAACGACGUGUAACUACAACGGAGUCUGCACAGAUCUGGUUGACUCCUUUGAAUGUCACUGUAAUUUGGGCUACUCUGGGACAGGCUGUGAGCAGAUGGCUACUGCUUGCUCCUCAGGGAUGUGUCUUAAUGGUGGCAGUUGCCAUAGUAACGGGUCAUCGCUGAAUUGCUCUUGUGCCACUGGAUAUACAGGAGAGCGCUGUGAGUUUAUGUCCAAUCCCUGUCACUCCAUGGUGUGUUUGAAUGGGGGCAUCUGUGAGAGUGUUGAACAUCAACCAAAAUGCAACUGCCCUGCUGGACUAAAGGGUCGAUCCUGCGAAUAUGACAUCGAUGAAUGUGAUGGUAAUAACGGAGGCUGUGCACAUGAAUGUACCAAUACACUAGGUUCCUACUUCUGUCAAUGCUCUGAUGGAUACGCAUUACAGUCAGACAGUCACUCUUGCACUGAUGUUUCAUAUUGCACUCAUGAAGGAAGAUUUCAUUUGGCAGAUGACAUGUGGAAUUUUGAAUGCUCCAUGUGCCACUGUGAGCAGGGAAUGGCCGUCUGCGAAGUCAUGGAGUGUCCAGAAUUGAAGUGCAAAGAGAAUGAGCAGAGGUUCGAGGCCCCUGGGGCUUGCUGUCCAGAGUGUUUACCAGAAUCCAAGACGUGCUCUGUGUCCACCCGUGGGAAGUAUCUAACUUACGACGGCAACAAAUUCGACAACACAGGAAACUGCCGCUACGUCUUAAGUCAAGACUGCGUCGGCAGCCAGUUCAGCAUUGAGGUUCAAUAUGAGGCCAACAAGAAGAAGUUCUAUCGGCGUGCCGUGUUCUUACGGCUUGACUGUAUCGAAGUGGAAGUUAACUACGAUGGGAUGGUUAAGGUUACUGGUGUUCCUGUUGAGCUGCCGUACACUCACGCCGCUCCAAUGAACGUUCUGAUCACCCGAACAAACACAUCCUUAGAUGAGGACGGCAUCACCAUUACCACCAACCGUGGCGUCAUCAUCCGCUGGUCUAAAAAGAAUGACAUAGAAGUGUCCGCACCGAAAACCUUCGCGGGGGCACUUUGCGGCCUCUGCGGUAACAUGAACGGGAACCGCAAAGACGACCGUACAACGAGACAGUUUCUCCCGAGUCGGUCGGCCAUGGAGUUUGCUCACAGCUGGAAGGUGGACGGCUACAAACACUGCUCCGUGGCCAAGAUCCGUGGCAAGACUCGGCAGAAGUUCGGCUCCAUCUCGAUCAACAACAUUCCGGUCUGUGCCGGGAAGAGUUUCUUCGUUCUGAAGGACAUCAGGAAGAAAUGCAGUCUGCUCCGCCAGAGAUCUUUUCAGAUGUGUCACUCUGUGGUGGAUCCCAACCGCUAUUUUGAAUGGUGUAUGCAGGAUGCAUGUAGCUGUCACAGCAACGAGCCAUGCUACUGUGAAGCCGUAUCAGCGUACAUCCUAGAGUGUCAACGAAACAAUGUGGCUAUCAAAUGGUCUGAAGACAGUGCUUGUAAUAUCCGCUGUCCCCAAGGCAUGAUCUAUGACAAUUGUGGGCCAGCCUGCCUGGCGACGUGUCUCAACCCAAUAGUGGAUACCGCAGAGUGCCUGACAACAGCCUGUGUGCCCCGAUGCCAGUGUCCAGCAGGCACCGUCUUUCAUGAGAACUCUUGUGUCCUUCGUAAAUAUUGUCCGGUAAUCACAUCCAAUGAUGAAUGAUAAAAUGUGUAAAAUGUGUUGCGCCACUUCCAAGCUCUUAAAUGGUGCAAGAAAAUGUCGGGACACAGUAACACCAAGUGAGAAUACUGGUCUUUGACAAUUUACCAAAGGUAUGCAGUACCUUUAAGGGCGUGCAAAUCAGACAGUAAAAAGGGUCAACAUAAAGGUCAUGUCCUGAAAUGACCUUUUUACCAAAGUUAUUUUCCCUAAAAGGAAGCAAAUUGAUGUUCUGCAAUAUUUUGUCCAUCUUGUUGGUGAAAAGAAAAUGAGAUUUGUAAUCUAAAUUUAAGAUUAUAAGCCGUGUGUGGGCACACUGUGAUGAUAACAAAGAAUAAAUGAAUGGUUAAGAUCUUGAAGUGGUAGGGGGGGUGUAGAAUAAAAAAGACUGCAAGGCUCGUAGCUCAAAAGUCAAGGCCAGAAUCAAAAUGACAGUUUUACAUCAGAGCCAUCUUUCUUUGAACACACACUUGAGAACAAUUUAUCUCAUUCAUCUUAUGGGUAAAGAACCUUUGUUGAUACUCCUACAGAAUUGACUGAAAUUUAUCCAAGUCAAAAUGUUAACGCUGUUUAUUCAAUUGCAAAAUACUGGACUCGUCUGUUGAUGAUUUUACUGGUUGAAUGUUAAAAUCGCUGGCCUCGGGCCUGCUGUCCCCUGUACAUGCUAUCUCUUAAGUUUUAAUUGCAAUGCAGCU